AUGCCAAACAAUUCCCAAAAACAAAAUUCAAUGGAACAAUAUGAUCCCGAAUUGAAAAAGAAAUUGAAAAUAUUAAAAAAGGAAUAUUUAAAACAAAAAGCAGAGUUGGAAAGAUUGGCACAAAUUGCACUUUGUCAACAAGAAGAAUUAAAACAAAAAGAUUAUCAAAUUAAGAAAUAUAAACAACAAUGUGAAGAACAAUCAAUUAAACUUUCAGAAUACGAAUCACAAUUACAAAUAGAACGAGAAUUAUGUGAAGGAGCUAUUAGAAUGAAAAAAUCACAACAAGGGACGGCGACAAAUGUUGCUGUUAAUAAUAAUCAAGAAAAGGAAAAAUCAAAUCAACCACUUUCAGAUAAUGAUCUUUCUCUAUUAUUAUUAGAUGAAGGAUUAACAACGAAGGAUAUUAUGGAAAAGACAUAUAAAUAUUUACAGGAUGAUACCUAUACUUUCAUGUUAAAUACAGAUGAAUAUCAGGAAGAAGAAACAAUUUCAUCACUGAAACAGGAAAUUGCUGCAUUGAGAGAGGAAAAUUUCACACUCAGAGAAGAAAAACACAAACUCAAUAUUGAAAAGGUACAUUUAUAUGAACUAGUACAUGAUCUCAAUCAGAAUUAUCUUCGUUCCCAACAACCAAACAAUAACACAAAUUAA